AUGAUAUUCACAUUGUUGCAAUCAGUUUCUAAAUAACAUUUUAAAUCCUUUGAAGAUUUUGAUAAUAAAAGAUGGCUAACCCCUGAGCCAAUCGUAAAUAAUGACAACUUCAUAUACAUUCCUUUUUCAGCAGGUCCAAAGAAUUGCAUAGGAUAGCAUAUGGAAUUGAUAAAAACAAAAAUAAUUCUAUCUUUAAGUAAAAAAUAGUUUAUUAUAUAGCCCAAUAUACAUGUAGUACCUAAAUGGACUCUAAGAUUUAUAUAUCAGUAUAACCUAGUAACUAUAUGAGAUUAAGCAAAAUUAAAGAAAACAACAACGACUGA